AUGGUGUCGUGGAGCGACGAGACCAGUGAGGAUUCAGUGCUGAACAUCUCCUCCUCCUACGAUGGCAUCAUCAAGCUUCCUGUUACGAUGCACGAUCCGAAUUUCAAUGGCACUGACGCAGAUGUGAAUGUUUUGUGUGAACACGAUGAGCCGGCCGAGCGCUUUGUUGCAUUUGAAGGGAUGCACACGGACAAGAGGUUCCCUGGAUGUGCUAAGAAGGAAGGCCUAAACUGUGGAGUAGUUCAAUGGAUUGAUUUUGAAUGGCCAGACUCAAUGGAGAAGGCAUUGGCCAAGCUAUGGGAUAUGUAUGAGGAGAUUAAUCAGCUAGGACCAAUGACAAUCUAG